GAAAGAAAAAGCGGGAGCGAAUAGACAGAGAGGGGGCCCGGCCGUCACGUCGUCUUCCUCCUCGCUCCAUUAGAACCGAGCUCUCGGGUCUCCGCCGCUGCUCGCCUCCCACUGUUAUCGGAACCGCAGCGGACGAAGCAGCGGCACUAUGCGCCCGUCCCUCUGUCAUGUUCCUUUUCUUCUUCUGCUACUAUUACAUGUGGUCAUUGCUAGACCAUUCUUUCCACUGCCAAGUAAGACUAGUAAUGAAGAGAAGAAGCCCAUACAGACAUUUCGACCGUAUAACAUUGCUCACCGUGGCUCAAACGGGGAAAUCCCAGAGGAAACAAGUGCUGCUUACCUGAGGGCUAUUGAAGAAGGUGCAGAUUUUAUAGAGACUGACAUCCUUGCUAGCAAAGAUGGUGCAUUGAUCUGCUUUCAUGAUGUAACACUUGAUGAUACAACUGAUAUUUCCGGCCGUAAGGAAUUCGCCAAUCGAAGGAGAACCUAUGAGGUGGAAUGGGCCAACGUUACUGGCUGGUUCGUAGUGGAUUUCACGCUUGAGGAACUUAAAACACUUAAAGUGAAGCAGCGAUACUCAUUCAGAGAUCAACAAUAUAAUGGCAAAUUUUCAAUCAUCACAUUUGAAGAAUUCAUUUCAGUUGCCUUAGAUGCAAGCAGAACCGUUGGAAUAUAUCCAGAGAUAAAAGAUCCAGUUUUUAUCAACAAGCAUGUAAAGUGGGCAGAUGGAAAGAAGUUCGAGGACAAAUUUGUGGAUACCUUACUAAAGUAUGGAUACAGGGGUCAAUAUAUGUCCGAAAAUUGGCUAAAACAGCCAUUGUUUAUACAAUCAUUUGCUCCCUCUUCCCUUGUACAUAUAUCAAAUUUGACAGACUCUCCGAAGAUCUUUCUGAUUGAUGAUACCACAGUGAGAACUCAAGACACAAACCAGUCAUACUGGGAAAUCACUUCAGAUGACUACCUUGCAUAUAUUAGUAACUAUGUUGUCGGCCUUGGUCCAUGGAAAGAUACUAUUGUUCCAGUUGCAAAAAACUAUUUGCUGGAACCAACUGAUCUUGUUGCAAGAGCGCAUGCUCAUAAUCUCCAGGUACACCCUUACACAUACAGGAACGAGGACCAGUUUCUGCACUUCGACUUUCAUCAGGAUCCCUAUGCCGAGUUCGAUUUCUGGAUAAAUACGAUGGGGGUUGACGGAUUAUUCACAGAUUUCGCUGGAAGCGUACACAAGUACCAAGAACUGAAAUCUCCACACCCGAAGGACGCAACCGCGAACAGCCUCCUAGGAGGGGGGAGGAUAAGCUGGACAGAGCCCAACGGAGUUGUAUCGGGCGAGCCAUUGAAGGAUAAAGAAGAUUUUAGGCCACACAGCUCCAGCAGCGGAAGGAUGGAGGCUGCGGCUCUGGCCCGGCUGCCGGAAUAUGCCUCCACCACCGCGCCUUUCAGCGGCAAAAGAUGGUCGUUACCCCGUGCCCAGAGGCGAUCGCCCAGGGCGACAGCACUGGCGGCCUCGCCGCCCGGAGUCGCGAGCUUCUUCUCCAGCUCACCUCCCACUACGAGACCACCGAGAAUUCAACGCCGAGGCCCCGGGACAAAGUGUGCGGGGCGCAGGAGGCGGGCGGACAUCCAGUCGGACACGUACGUGCUGCUGGAGCCCGGGAUGGACGAGGAGUUCGUGUCCAAGGAGGAGCUCGAGGAGAGGCUGCGUGGGUGGCUGGAGAGGUGGCCGGGGGGCGCGCUGCCGCCGGACCUCGCGAGGUUCGACACGGUGGACGACGCCGUCUCGUACCUCGUCCGGUCGGUGUGCGAGCUCGAGGUCGACGGCGAGGUGGGCUCCGUGCAGUGGUACCAGGUCCAGAUCGAAUGAAUAGCUAGAGCUGGUAGAACCAUCCGUCCAAUGCUGCGUGACUGCAUGUGUAUGUGGUUCGAAGGGACGCAAUUUUGGCCGGAGAUAUAUGGGGCCCUUUGGCGCCCGUGGACCGCGAACGUGAGUACUUUCGGAGAAACUGAACCGUGUUAUAUUAGACAAAUCGUUUGCUGUUGCGUGCGGAGAGCUCGCAGUCUGUCGCGGGGCCCGACGGCCAUCGAGAAACCAAUAGUUUUGUUUUGA